AGAAGCUCUGGGGGCGAAUGGCAACAAGUGAUGAAGAGCGGGUACAGUUGGAUCCAGGCGAUGGUGAUGCUGGAGUGGAAGUCUAUCCCAGAGUCGUCUACUCCAAAGGGAGCACAAACAGCAUGGCCACGGAUCCGGCAGAAAGGUACACCCACGGCGGAGCGAAGAAGACAAUGACACGUUACGUUUCGUCGUUAAAAAAUAUGGUUCCCAUUCGAAAAGGGAAGAGAAGCGGUGUCAAAGGUGGAGCUAAAAUUGAUGAAUCGGGCCUAUUUUCAUUCGUCACGUACAGUUGGGUUUUCGAGUAUCUCUACUCGGCAUUCAAAGGGAAACUAGACAAAGAUCAAGUAUGGAAUUGCAGUAUCUAUGAUGCCAGCAAUGUGAAUAUGGCUAGAAUGGAAGUUCUUUGGGAAGAAGAAUUGAAACGAAGUCCUCAAAGUCCUUCGCUUUUUCGUGCUUUAUUUCGAUUCAUCAAAACUCGAUUAUGGGCUGCUUGUGGCGUAUUUCUUUUUUGCUUGAUUUUUGGAUUCAUUGGUCCAACUUGUCUAAUACGAGGUCUUGUGCAAUUUGCCGAACGCCCACCGAUGAAAGGUGAACCCGUGAAUUAUCGUCUAGGCAUCUCUCUAGUUGUCGCUAUCACAAUUGUAGAAAUGGCUCGUGUUUUGUCAUACGGUGCGACCUGGGCUGUUUCCUACCGUACAGGAAUACGAGUUCGAGGAGCACUUUUAGGUCUUUUAUUCAAGCGUCUUUUGGGCUCUCGAAAUCUGGGCAAAAAGAGUGCGGCGGAGGUUGUAAACAUGUUUGCCAAUGAUGGCCAGCGCUUGUUUGAUGCUGUAACAUUUGCGCCUCUGGUGAUUGUUGGGCCGCUGGUACUCAUCGGCGGAGUGGCAUAUCUACUGGCUGUCGUUGGACGCUGGUCAUUGUUGGGAAUUCUUGUUUUCUUCGUUUUUGACGUUAUUCAGUAUGGACUGGGAAAGACAAUGGUGCGUUGUCGUAAUAAUGCCAUAGAAAAGACAGAAAAACGCAUUAACCUCAUGGGAGAGAUUAUUCGAUGCAUUCGAAUCAUCAAGAUAAAUUGCAUGGAAGAAAGUUUUUCCAAACGAGUUGAACAAAUGCGUCAUGCUGAAAAAGUAGACAUACAAACUGCUGGAUACGCGCAAUCACUUGCUAUCGCCUGCGGCCCUGUUGUUCCUGUUGUCGCUGCUGUUCUCACUUUUUUAGGUGUUGUAUUGUCUGGAAAUGAUCUCUUGGCUAGCGAUGCAUUCUCUGCUAUCACAGUAUUUUUCGUUAUGUUAUUUGGUAUAAGGAUGAUACCCUAUGGAAGCAGGUAUCUUGCUGAGGCUGUAGUGGCAAUCCGAAGAAUACAGGAAAUCUUACUGUAUGAACAGUGGGAGACUGUACAGCCGCAUGCCCAGGACCAAAGCGUAGCAGUUCGUUUCCGUAAUAGUACUUUCAUGUGGAACCCGCCCAUUAGCGAGCCUACAUCGACGCCCACGGAAGCGACUCCUGUAAAUACACAACAAUCUGCAUUCAGUUUGGAUAAUAUAUCUCUGAUCAUAAGGAAAAAAGAAUUGACGGGAGUUUGUGGAGCAGUGGGAAGCGGAAAGAGCGCGUUGCUCAAUAGUAUAAUUGGACAUAUGUUCACCGUUGCUGGUGAUGUUGAAGUGGGUGGUAGUUUUGCAUACGUGCCUCAGACGCCUUGGAUUCAAAAUGCUACUGUUCAAGAAAACAUUCUUUUUGGAUCGGUCAUGAACUCCCAACGCUAUUAUAAGGCUAUGAGCAGCUGCCAGCUUACAAAGGACAUGGAGUCGCUUGCUGCAGGUGAUCAAACAGAGAUUGGUGAACGCGGCGUCACUCUUUCUGGUGGACAGAAAGCUCGUGUUUCGUUGGCUCGCGCAAUAUUCGCUCAUAGAGACAUAUAUCUUCUGGAUGAUAUAUUCUCUAGUCUCGACAAGAAGGUCGCCGAGAAAAUUUUUGAGAAUGCCGUUCGUGACGUCCUGUCCAGCAAAACUGUCAUUUUGGUCACUACAGAUCCACAGCGUUUGGCGAAAUGUGACCGAGUUGUGUUCAUGGAUAGCGGCAGAGUUGUUGCGCAUGGGUCGCAUGAAGAAUUGAUGGUGACAUGCACUUUGUACAAGGAGUAUUGCGAAAGCAUUCAUGUUCAUGAAGAGAUAUCCACACAUGAAAGUAUCCUGGACAAUUCCAAUCAAGAAGGACGAGUUUCGUCGCUUUCGGAUGAUGACAUCGAUAAAAUGGAGGACAUCGCUGAUACUCGCGAUCCUGGAGAGAAACUCAUCUCAAAACAAGAAAACACCAAUAAAGGGAAAUUGGUUGACGAGGAAGAAGACUAUGGAUUGGCGGCGAUGUCAUUUUCCAUCUACAAAAGCUAUGCUCGUGCAGCUGGCGGACUUAUUAUCUGGAUAUUGCUUUUUAUCGCCUUCAUGCUUAACGUAUCUGCCUCAAUAUUUUCCACGUUCUGGCUAUCACGUUGGUUAAAAACCGGCCAUGGAGAAGAGCUAGUCGAGGUGAACGGCAGUGUUCGUCUACAUUCAGAAGGUAGUCUGGCCGACAGCCCUGAUACGCCAUUUUACUCAACUGUGUACGGCAUCUCACUCGUGAUCCUUUUCGUUUCUGGUCUCAUCAAAGCCAUGAUUUUUGUGAAGGUGUCGCUCAAUGCUGCAAGUCGUCUUCACAACAACAUGUUUUCGUCUGUAGUACGUGGUACCGUUGGCUUCUUCGACGCCACCCCUACUGGGCGAAUUCUGAAUCGAUUUUCGAAAGACAUGGACGAAAUUGAUGUAAAAUUGCCGUUUACUGCCGAAGUGUUCCUGCAGAAUAUGAUAACCUGCGUCGGAUUUUUGCUCGUUAUCGCUUGGGUGUUUCCAGCCUUUCUCAUAGCCUGUAUUCCUCUAUUCGCUGUCUUCCUGCUUUUUGUCAUGUGCUUCCGAGCUGGAAUAAGAAGCUUGAAGCGUUCUGAAAAUAUAUCCCGCUCACCGCUUUUUGACCAUAUCACGACUACUAUUGAAGGGCUAGCUUGUAUUCAUUCAUAUGGGCAGUCACCCCGUUUUUUGGAACUUCUUAAGCAGAAGUUGGAUGCGAAUAGCGGUGCGGUAUUCAUGUUCCAGUCAGCUAUGCGAUGGUUGGCGGUAUGGUUGGACCUGCUUGUCGUAAUAAUCACCUCUAUAGUCGCAUUUUUCAUAGUCAUACUAACAGGAACGCUGUCACCAGCAGAUGCUGGUAUGGCUUUGGCAUUAGCUGUGCAGAUGAGCGGUAUAUUCCAAUUUGCCGUACGUACACAGACGGAAUUGGAAGCGAAAAUGACAUCCGUUGAACGCGUUGUCUACUAUUCGGAGAACAUCCAAUCGGAAGGAGAUUGGGAAACGAAGAAGGGAAUUGAUGUACCGAAGGAAUGGCCGCAAAAUGGGCAGAUCGACUUCCAGAGUGUGAAACUUCGCUAUCGGCCGAAGUUUCCUCUAGCCUUGAAUGAUGUCACAUUUGAGAUCAAACCUAGAGAAAAAAUUGGAGUCAUUGGCAGAACAGGCUCAGGGAAGUCAUCGUUGGCCAAUGUUCUGUAUCGGCUGUAUCCGCUCACAUGGGGUAGAAUAUUCAUCGACGGCGUAGAUAUCGCCACGAUUGGUCUGCACAGGUUGAGAAGGGCUAUGUCGUUCAUUCCACAAGAUCCUGUGCUUUUUGCGGGAACCAUCCGUUCUAAUCUUGAUUCUAACAACUUCUUCACCGAUUCUGAGCUAUGGAGCGCUUUGGAAAAAACGUACCUGAAGUCCCUGAUCGCUAAUCUGGACAAGAAGCUUGAAUCCGACGUCACAGCUGGUGGCGAGAAUUUUUCAGUUGGAGAGCGUCAACUUCUAUGCUUGACCAAGGCAUUGCUGAUGAACGCCAAAAUUGUGAUUUUGGAUGAAGCUACGGCAAGUUUGGAUAUGUCAACAGAUAAGCUCAUUCAGAAGGUAAUUAGAGAAGUAUUCAAAGACGCUACUAUCAUCCUCAUUGCUCAUCGUCUCGAAAAUGUCUAUGGCCUAGAUAGAGUUUUGAUGAUGGAUGGAGGGAAAGUCGUGGAGUUUGAUCGUCCGGAAGUACUCCUAAAUAAGACUGCGUCGGAGCUUCGUGUGCUUGUUAGGCAGACAGCAGGUGCCGACGAGAUAUUCGUCGAGUCAGAAGGUGCUGGAAGUGAGAGCUCACCUGAAAUCAUGGAUAGACGGGAAAUCAAUGAUAGCGAAAGUGUUCCGGAAAUUGUUAACAAGGACGUUUCGCCCGACACAGAAAGUAUACCCGAAAUGUUAGAGAAACAAGCGAGCGACGAAGAAGAUGACAGUGUAGAGAUAUUGGAUCGGCCAACAAAUCAGUCUAGUCUGGAGGACGAUGACAUGGAGGUGGUGCCGAAACCAAAUCCGUGACACCAUCGCAAAGAAUAGCUCGCUCUAAUCAAAUCGACUUGCUAAGAACUUAGAAGGAUCGAGUUCAGUCUUAGGCUUGUUUUGGAAUAGCUGCUUUUUGCCGCUGAUUUCUGCCCCAGAGGGCUCUUCCUCACUCGCGCUCUCUCAUGUUCUGGUCCGUUUCUGAUUUUUGCGUAUGUAUCGAGUUAUUGGCUUUGUUAUUAUUGCUUGAAUACUAUAUGAGCCCAACAUUCCAUGAACGUAUAUCUUGGUGGUUAAGAUUACCGCUGUAAUUGUUUCCAAAAUAGCGACAAACAGAUAUCUUAGACGUGUGUCCAUAAAAACCGGUACUGUUCGCAAAUAUGCCUCUUAGGUUAAUCCAAAUGACUUAUCCUUUGUUCUCCUGUGCUUCAUGAGAUUAUGUACCAUUUGUUCUUGCUCCCAGUUUGCAAUCAUUGUUUCGCACUUUACCCCACGUGUCACCUGCUUGCUCUGCUUAGAUUGAAAUAUUCUGGAAGCAGGCAUCACCAUCUAGGUGGUAAGCAUCUCGUUACGAUGUAUUGUUGUGUGUUUGUGCUAUUUCACCCAUGCUUCUUGGCAUUCAGGACUUGUAUAUAAUAAAUAAUUGGUU